CAACGGACAGAAUCUGAGACCACAAGAAGGACACAGCCCCAAAAGAAAAAAAAAAUCAACAAAGCCAGAACUGGACCAAUGUACCCCAUAUCUGAUCAAAUACACCGAACACAUAAACGUCACUUAAAAUUCAGAAAAUCGUCUUUGAAACCCAAAAAGACGGAUUCCGAUUAUGACCGUACUCACAACAACAUCACCCCUGAUGUUCCGAGAAUCGUACGUGUAUCCGUUGCUGACCCUGAUGCAACGGACUCUUCAAGCGACGAGGAAGCUGACUUCUUUGGUCGCCAGAGAGUGAAACGCUACGUCAACGAGAUCAACAUAGAAGCCGCUCGCAAAACCACCGCCAGCACCACCGUUUCCAACAACAACCGCAAAAGAACAGCCGCCGCCGCUGACGUUACAACCGCCUGUCGAAGACCACUUAAGCUUUCUUCAGCAAAAGGAAAUGUUAGGAAGUACAGAGGAGUACGGCAAAGACCAUGGGGAAAAUGGGCGGCAGAGAUUCGAGAUCCUGCUCGACGUGUACGGCUUUGGUUGGGUACUUAUGACACUGCUGAAGAAGCAGCCAUGGUUUAUGAUAAUGCAGCAAUCAAGCUUCGAGGACCUGAAGCUUUGACCAACUUUGUUACUCCUCCUGCCAAGAAAAAUGUUGAAAAGUCUAACAUCGUUAACGUGGCUGCGGUUUCUGGGCAUGAAUCAGGGGACGAGUCAUCUCACAAUCUUUCUUCUUCAACCUCAGUUCUUAACUUUGGAACUCAAUCAACUGAAGAAACAGCAGUCGAACUGGAAAAACGGGUUCAGGAACUCCAAGAAGAAAGUAAGCCGCCGCCAGUUCAGGAGCAGCUGGUUCUUGGCGAAUGUCAAUGGGAAACCGAAACAAACAUGCCCGAUGAUUCGGGAGAUUAUUUGCCACUAGAUUUCGCUUUCAUCAACGAAUUUUUUAACGUACCAGCACCGGGCUUGUCGCUUUUUGAUGAUAUCGUGACGAUUUUGCCAGGCAGUAGCGCAGUCAGUGAAGAUUUCAGUGACAUUUUACUCGAUACGCCUCAAGAUUUUAGCUGCUGCUCCUCAUCGUCUAUUUCUCAAGCGGACGAUUACUUUGAAGACAUCGGUGAUUUGUUCCUCUCAGACCCUCUUGUGGCACUAUGAGAAAAGCAAGUUCAGUCCCCUUUUCUGGAGCUAUGUCGUUUGCGUUUGCUUGCCGAUUUCCCGGCAGAUUUUAGAUCGGCGGCGACAUAAAAAAGAUUUGGGUCAACUUAUUAGCAGUUCUUUUAACAUUGUUAAGUAAUAUUAUUAUUUUUUUUGUUUAAUUUCACCGUUAAAAAUAAACGGAGAGUUGAGUUGAGUUGAGUUUUGCCGAGAUUUUUAUUUUUCUUUUUAUCAUUUUUUGUUAAAAAUAAUUAGGCUGUUGUCAAAGGGUGUUAUUAUAAUUUUG